UGCUAAUGCAGUUAGGACGAUAAGCAGGAAUGGCCCUCAGCGUGAGUUUUCAGUCAUCAGCCCUGUCAUACCGUAGACAGAGAGGAGAUUUAAUCACAAUGUUUAAAAUUUUAAAUAAUGACUACGGACCUGACCUGUUCUUUCUUUUCCUUCCCACCAGAUCGGAACACCUUAGAGGACAUAGCAGGAGAGUUCAAAAGCCAAGAAGAAAUCAUAUUGCUGUUGAGUACUGGUUUUCACAUCGAGUCAUAAACUCUUGGAACCGACUCCCAGAAGAAGUGGUAUCUGCAACCUCAACUGAUUGGUUCAAGAAGAGUUUGGACAACAACAGAAAUUUACUAGAAAAGGAUUAACAUAGGCUCCAAGCUUCCUAUCCUCAACUAAUAAAUCUGAAGUCUGAAUUUGAAAUAUAUGCUAUAUACCCUGGUUAUGGAAACUACACUUCGCUACAUGAUUCAACUACUUCAUGGAUUAACUCCAGAUUUUGGUUUGACCAAUCAUUAGGGUUUUCAGUAUAAGUUUACUUCAUCACACUUUAU